UCCAACAUACAGUAUAGAGAAGUGAUUAAGACCACACAAAUACGGUACAACGGUCACAGCCAAACUGGAUUCAUUUUCCUGAUAAUGUCUUCAUCUGGGUCUUCUUCCCAUGUAGGGGAUGAUAGCAUUUAUUUCGUUACUGUACAGAGCGAGAGAAGAGGAGAAGGUGGUGAGAAGAGACCAACGCUAAGCCUUCCCGUUCCGUUUGAUGACCGGACGGUAGCUGAUCUUGUCCCGGAGCUACUCAAAGAGCUAGAGAUAAUGGAAGGAGAUAGAGGCAGUUGCAACCCGUCUCCUUCUACUUACGAAUUGAGACACUACAGCGAGGAGGGAGGCGAAGAGACCUUACGUCCUGAUAGCAAAGCGAAAGAUGUCAUUCAAAAUCUGGAUAGGCUUACUUUAUGUCCAAAGAAAACUAACCCUAGGCCUGACCCAUACAAGAAAUCAAUAUACAACAGCAUGCAACAAGAACAGCAACUGAAGCUUCAGCAACAUUUUGACAAAGUGUUAUCUCUGGAUGGAUACUCACUCUCUAUCGAAGAUCUGAUCCAAAUCGGAUUAGGUAAAUACCGUGUACAACUAUCGGAGGAAGCUAUCUAUAGAGUAAAGAAAGCCAGGGAAGUUGUGGACAGGAUAGUUGAAGGAGAUAAAGGUGUUUAUGGUAUUAACACAGGGUUUGGCAGGUUUGCCUCUGUCCCUAUUUCAAGAGAGAAUGUUAGUAAGUUGCAAGAGAAUUUGAUUCGUUCGCAUGCGACUUGUUUGGGUGAGCCCCUCUCAUUAAUGAGGACCAGACUCCUACUGGCACUAAGGAUUAACGUAUUAGCUAAAGGCUGCAGUGGUAUAAGAUUGGAGACGCUACAGCAGCUGGUGAAUGCCUUGAAUGCUUCUUGUUUGUCCUCUGUUCCAGAGAAGGGAACAGUCGGUGCUAGCGGUGACCUUGCUCCAUUGUCCCACCUUGCACUUGGUCUAAUGGGCGAGGGAGAGAUGUGGGGGCCAAAGACGGACUGGGGCGAUGCUAAAGAGGUUCUAAACGCUCAUGGGCUGGAACCAAUCCACUUAGAAGCCAAAGAGGGGAUUGCUCUUAUUAAUGGGACUCAGUUUAUAUCAGCUUUAGGCUCUGAGGCUUAUUUUCGGUCUAAGAGAGUUGCUGAUCAAGCUGAUGUGAUUGCUGCUCUCUCCAUUGAUGUCUUGAAAGGAACACCUCGAGCUUUUGAUCAAGAUAUUCAUUUGCUUCGCCCUCAUCAAGGCCAGCUGCUAGUGGCCAGUAGGCUGAGGUCGUUGCUUGAUUCUAAUGUGCAUCCAUCAGAAAUAAGAGAGAGUCAUAGAGAUUGCAAUCGUAUUCAAGACCCAUACACCAUGCGAUGUGUACCACAGGUCCAUGGGAUAGUACACGAUACUCUUGACUUUGUGUCAAGGAUACUGUCAACUGAAAUCAACAGUGCUACAGAUAACCCUAUAAUCCUGGCUAAUAGAGCAGAAACCAUAUCUGGAGGCAACUUCCAUGGAGAAUAUCCAGCCAAAGUGCUGGAUUACCUUGCAAUUGGGGUACAUGAGAUUGCCAAUAUGAGUGAGAGAAGGCUAGAAAGAAUGGUACAUCCAGGGUACAGCGAUCUACCUGGUUUCCUAGCUAAAGAUGGUGGACUUAACUCAGGUUUUAUGCUGGCUCAUGUAACAGCUGCUGCUUUGGUAUCGGAGAACAAGGUUUUAACACAUCCUUCAUCAGUCGAUUCCAUCACUACAUCAGGAGGGACUGAGGACCAUGUGUCUAUGGGUGGGUUUGCUGCUAGGAAGGCACUUAGUGUUGUGAGUCAUGUUGAACAAGUUGUUGCUAUUGAGUUGAUGGCUGCGUGUCAAGCCCUCGACUUCCAUCGUCCAAAGAAGACCACAGACCCACUUGAGGAAGUGUACAAGUUGGUACGCUCUGUUGUCAAGACUAUGGACACUGAUCGAUUCAUGGCGCCUGAUAUAGCAGCUGUAACUAAUCUUAUACAAGAAGGAAAAGUAUGGGAUGUUGUUUCUCCGUACAUAGUAGCAUAUGAGGAAGCACUUCAUUCUGGACACACUUUCACUGCUAAUAAGUGAUGCUCCAUCACUCUUAGAAAUUUUAUGUAUACAAGAACAGAGAAAUAAAACCUCUUUUAUUCCUCUAGCUUCUUUACCUUUUGAUCAUAAAAGUAAAGCUAUACUCAACAGUAAACCUUGUAACCGACCAGAACACAUACCUUCACUAUUAUUAAACUGAUUUGUAAUCCAAAAACAUAUUACAUUGUUAUUAAUUAUUUAUUGAAGUUGUUUGUUAUGUCUUUAUUUGGUACUCCCUGCCUUCCUUA